GAGAGUGGGAGGAGAAGAGAGAUCUGCACCGUAGCUAUCUUUCUUCUCUUCUUUUAGUGUUUUUUCUUUUUCUUCUUUUCAUUAUUCACUAGCUUUUCUUCAUUUCUUCUCUGAUCAAAGUUUUUAAUGGCGAAGCAUGAAAGCAGAUUCUGUGGAUGCUGUUGAUAGUUGUUAUUCAUGUGAAGCUGCUGCGAAUUGUUCUUUGUUUAGCGAAAAACAAAAAAAUUAUAUAAAAAAGCUGCUCCUCCACGGGCCAUUGAUUGACCUUUCCUAUUCCUUUCUAAAGCAGAGUUGACGCUUUUACCCUUUUCGCCACUAAAUGGCCCCAAGCAAGAUCCGUCAGGCCCUCGGGGCCGUGAAAGACAAGACAAGCAUUGGCCUAGCCAAGGUGAAUGGCAGCAGCACCUCCAUCGCCGACCUCGAGGUCGCCAUCGUAAAGGCUACUCGACACGAAGAACACCCAGCCGACGAGAGACACAUUAGGGAGAUUCUGAGCUUAACUUCUUAUUCCCGUAUGUACAUCAGUGCCUGUGUGAACACAUUAUCAAGGAGACUAAACAAGACUAAGAACUGGACCGUCGCUCUCAAGACACUCAUUUUGAUUCACAGACUCCUCUUGGAAGGUGAUCCUGCUUAUGAACAAGAGAUCUUCUUCGCUACAAGGCGUGGAACUCGGCUUCUCAACAUGUCUGAUUUUAGAGAUACUUCUCGAUCAACCAACUCAUGGGACUUCUCAGCUUUUGUACGUACAUAUUCUCUCUAUCUUGAUGAAAGACUUGAGUAUCGGAUGCAUGGUCGACGAGGUCGCCGGAAUGGGAUAGGAUAUGAGGAUGAUGAAGAAGACUCUGGCCAGCCUCCGAUGAAGUCCACCCCAGUUCGGGAGCAGAAGACUGAGCGUAUCUUUACUAGGGCUCAACAUCUUCAACAGAUUUUGGAGCGAUUUCUAGCUUGUCGACCAACAGGUGAGGCGAAACACAACCGGGUGGUGACGGUGGCUCUUUAUCCGGUAGUGAAAGAGAGCUUCCAGAUAUACUUCGACAUAGCUGAAAUCAUGGGCAUCUUGAUCGACCGCUUCAUGGAACUCCAAGUUCCAGAUUGUGUCCGAGUUCAAGAGAUCUUCGCUCGACUUGGGAAACAGUUUGAGGAGCUCGACUCAUUCUACUGCUGGUGCAAGCAGGUCGGGAUUUGCAGGUCCUCCGAGUACCCAGAAAUUGAGAAAAUCACUCCAAAGAAGCUUGAGGUCAUGGAUGAAUUCAUCCGAGACAAGUCAGCUCUUGCCCAGAUGAAGAGAGCCAGCCCACAAAACAACCUCAUCGUCCACGAAGAGAAAGAUAGCAAAGAACAAGAGCCCACCGUUGAAGAAGAAGAAGAGGAUAUGUCCAACAUCAAAGCUCUGCCACCGCCGGAAGGCUUCCAGGAGGAAGAAGCCAAGGCCGAUGAAGAGAAAGAAGAGACCAAAGAAGAUCCGAUCCCCACCACCCAACAAGAAGGCGACCUGUUGAAUCUACAUGACGACACGGUGACCACCGAACAGCAAGGAGAUAAAUUAGCUUUGGCGUUGUUCGAUGGUGGCGCUGCUCCAUGUUCGUCCCAGACUCCAGCAUGGGAAGCUUUCAACAUGGAAGAAUCCGGGGAUUGGGAAACGGCGUUGGUGCAAUCGGCCAGCCACCUAUCGAACCAGCCGACAUCUCUCGCAGGUGGUUUUGAUAAGUUGUUGCUCGACGGCAUGUAUCAACAAUCUGCCUCCAAUGCGGCGGCCACAGCAGCACAAAGUGCCUAUGGAGGCACUGGAAGCGCAAGUAGCGUCGUGAUGACUGGUAAGCCAGCGAUGUUGGCAUUGCCAGCACCACCGGUCAAUGGUGUGACACCCACAGGACUGAAUGCAGAUCCAUUCGCUGCGUCUCUAGCGGUGGCACCGCCACCAUACGUGCAGAUGUCGGAGUUGGAGAAGAAGCAGAAGCUGUUGAUGGAAGAGCAGCUCUUGUGGCAGCGGUAUCAAAGGGAUGGGAUGCAGGGGCAGCUUGGACUUACAAAAUUACAACAAAAUCCCUAUCCCUAUCAGUAGAACAUAUGAGGCUGAAUAGGCACAAAUGUCAUUUUGUGGGUCUGUGGGGAGGUACAUUAGGAGAUCAGUAGGCAAAUUGAGGGUGAUAUGGUCAUUUUGGGAGCUGGAGGGUCUUUAUGCUAGGGAGAAAAUUGUAACUUUUGUAAUUUAAUGUUGAAGUCCUACUUUGGUUGUGUAAUUGUGUAUGAAUUCCACCGGAGUACAGAAAAAAAUAAAAUAGUGUAUAAAUAUUGACGAAUAGAACCGAAAUCGACAGUUUAAUUUGGUUUCUAAAAUUAGAACCUAUUCUCGGUUCGAUUUGGUUUUAUUUUCAAGGUUGAAAUUGGUUCAAA